AUGUCGGGCCAAUCGAGCGACGUUGGCGAUGUUGGCGAAAAGCAAUUCGACCGUAGCCAUGAUCACAAACAGAUCGUUGAUCACGCUAAGGCGGCUACCGAUAAAGAGGAAAACAUGACCCUGUGGCAAGGCAUCAGACUAUACCCAAAGGCGAUUGCAUGGAGUGUCUUGAUCUCGACAUGCAUUGCUAUGGAAGGCUAUGACCUCUGCCUCCUCGGCAACUUCUACGCCUUCCCACAAUUCAAUCGUCAAUUCGGAGGGCCUGAUGGAAAAGGCGGCUUUCAGGUUUCAGCACCGUGGCAGGCAGGAUUAUCGAAUGGCGCAAACGUCGGCGAAUUUAUAGGCCUAUUGAUAAAUGGCAUCGUAUCCGAGCGGUUUGGAUAUAAAAAGACAGUUCUCGUAUGUCUCGCCAUCAUGGCCGGACUCAUCGCGAUACCCGUUACAGCAACAUCGGUCGAGGCGCUAUUGGUUUACUAUGUCCUUGCUGGAAUCCCGUGGGGUAUUUGGCAAACGUUGACGAUUUCAUACGCUGCCGAGGUCUGCCCGGUUGCUCUGAGGGGGUACUUGACGUCAUAUGUUAAUUUCUGCUGGGGUCUUGGACAAGUUAUUGGAGUCGGUGUUAUCAAGUCACAGCUAGGGAGGGAGGAUUCUUGGGCUUAUAAGCUUCCAUGGGCACUUCAGUGGAUGUGGAUCCCACCUCUCUUCAUUGGUAUCCUCUUUGCGCCAGAGUCGCCAUGGCUUCUUGUCAGAAAGAACAAGUUGGAAGAAGCAAAGCGCAACUUAUUACGAUUAACAACCUCGAACAAAGAAACCGACUUCGACGCCGACGAAACUAUAUCCAUGAUGGUACAUACGACGGAGAUCGAAAAACAAGCCACCGUAGGCGCUACAUACCUCGAUUGCUUCCGCGGAAUCAACCUUCGCCGAACGGAAAUCACCUGUAUGGUUUGGGCGAUCCAAAAUCUUUCCGGAAAUUCGUUCACCGGUUACUCAACGUACUUUUUCCAACAAGCUGGGAUUAAAACUGACGAUGCGUUUUCGUUUACACUCGGUCAAUUUGGUAUCAAUAUGGUUGGAGUUUUCGGUGCCUGGGCGUUGAUGUCUUGGGGUAUCGGUCGUAGAUCGCUCUACCUGUACGGUCUCUGUGGGCUUUUCACAAUGCUUUUGUUGAUUGGAUGCCUCCACUUUGUUCCCGCAUCAAGUUCGAAUCAGGCAGCAUAUGCUACCGGAGGACUCAUGCUCGGGUGGGCAACUGUAUACCAAUUGACUGUUGGAACCAUCUGCUUCUCCCUAGUUGGCGAAAUCCCAAGUCGAAGACUUUUAAUCAAGACGGUUGCCUUGGGGCGUUGCGCAUACAUUGUCGUCGGCAUCGUAUGCAGCGUCCUAACGCCGUAUAUGAUUAAUCCUACGGCAUGGAAUUGGCAAAAACUAACGGCGUUCUUUUGGGCGGCUAUUUGUUUCUGUUCGAUCAUCUAUACCUACUUUCGAAUCCCUGAGCCUACCGGAAAAUCGUUCGCGGAACUUGAUCUUCUAUUCGAGCAAGGAAUAGGCGCCAGGAAGUUCGCUUCCACCAAGACUAACGUUUAUGAAUCUGAACAGUCGGAGAGGGCUGCUUUGGAGGUAGAAAAGGAAGCGCCAGCAUAUCUUGAGAAAGCAUAG